AUGUCCAUAUUUCAUACGGUGACACCCGAAUGGCUGGCGCAACACAUGCCAAGAGCCUAUGUUGAAGAACACAUUCCUGGAGCCGUAUUAUUCAACAUUGAUGCUGCUUUCUAUCCUUCGAAAUACAUUCGCUUCGAUCUCUAUCCACCCGAAGUAUUUGAAAGGUAUAUGCGCCUGCUUGGUGUGAACAAUGAUGACCAUGUGUACGGUCAUGGCAAGGUUUCCGUACUUGACGGUGGUCUCGAUGCAUGGAAGAAAGCUGGUUAUCCUGUCACUAAUCAAGUGGUUCAAAGAAGAGUAAGAUCUUCUAAGCAUUGGACUGAGCUGAACAUGUGGGUGUAG